AUGAUUAAUAUCCGAUUGAAUCCGAUCGAAGCCGACAAGAUUCAAUGUUCGGAAUUCUCGAUCUGGUGUCAUAAGCAGACCUUGUUUUGUUGUAGCUCUGGGCGCCAAACCAAUGCCCGAUGGGCACAGAAUGGUGUGACCGUUGCUGGAGUUCACGGAUAUGGCAGUGCCACCAAUCAACUCCAUUGGCCUCGAGGUCUCUUCGUUGAUGAUGAUCAAACUAUUGUCAUCACGGACUGCUGGAAUAAUGGUAUCAUCCAAUGGAAGAAGGGUGAUACGAAUGGACAAGUAGUAGCUGGUGGCAAUGGCGAAGGAGAUCGAUUGGAUCAAUUGAAUCGACCAACAGAUGUGCUGAUCGACAAAGAGACUGAUAGUCUCAUUAUCUGUGAUCCAGGGAAUCGACGAGUCGUACGAUGGUCUCGUCGCAGUGGCACAACUCAAGGAGAAAUCCUCAUCGACAAUGUCGAUCCUUGGGGAUUGACCAUGGAUGAUCAGAGAUAUCUCUACAUCUCUGACUACGGAAAAAAUGAAGUAAGACGAUAUCAAAUAGGAGACAAGAAUGGAACUCUCGCGGCUGGUAGCAAUGGCAAAGGUGAUGGUCUCAAUCAACUCAACUUUCCGGCCUACAUAUUUGUCGAUCAACAACAGACUGUCUACGUGUCAGACAGAGAAAAUCAUCGUGUGAUGAAAUGGAAUAAGGGUGCAAAAGAAGGAAUUGUCGUCGCUGGAGGUCAAGGCGAAGGGAAUGCUCUGACAC